AUGAACUGCCAUGAACAACUCAAGACUGUUGCUGCAAUGGUGGCUGUUAAUUUUGCAAUAUCAGUGGCGAAUGUACUUAUUAAGAUGAUCCUCGACCAAGGAGCAAACCAUUUGGUUGUCAUCACAUACAGACAGUCUAUUUCUACUGUUUUUAUAUCCGCCGUAGCCUUCUUUCUGGAAAGGAAAAGCAGGCCAAAGCUCACAUUUCGGAUUUUAUGUCACAUUUUCGCUAGUGCCUUACUCGGGGCAACUCUCACGCAAUACUUCUUCCUUCUUGGCCUUAAAUACACAUCUGCUACUUUUUCUUGUGCUUUCAUCAACUUGGUGCCUGCAAUCACAUUCAUACUGGCAUUGGUAUUCAAGCUAGAGAAAGUGAACUUAGGAAGCAAGUGUGGGAGAGCUAAGGUGUUGGGGACAUUCAUUUGCAUUUGUGGAGCCUUAUUGCUGGGGCUUUACAGAGGGAUGCCAUUAACAAACCCUGCAUAUCCCCAAGCAGAAAUCCCUGGAACAAGCCAUGCCAAGACCAGCAUUUCAUCCCACAGGACAAAGAGCUGGGCCACCGGUUCAAUGGUUUUGACAGCAGCAAGUCUCACUUGGUCUUCAUGGUUCCUUCUACAAGCCGGAAUUAGCAAGAAGUACCCCUGCCAAUAUUCUAGUACCGCGAUACUGUCCUUCUUCAGUGCCACCCAGGCAGCUAUCUUAAGUUCAAUUUUGGAUAGGGACCUCUCCUCGUGGAUUCUGAAAGGGAAGUUAGAGAUCUCUAGUGUCAUCUUUGCUGGGAUUGUGGGAUCAGGCUUGUGCUAUGGGUUAAUGUCAUGGUGUGUAAAUAAAAAAGGCCCGGUCUUCACUGCAGCAUUCACCCCUUUCAUACAGAUAUUUGUAGCCAUCUUUGAUUUCUCUAUCCUGCAUGAACAAAUCCACCUUGGAAGUGUUCUGGGAUCAAUCCUAGUCAUAGCUGGUUUGUACAUUCUUCUGUGGGGUAAAAGCAAGGAGGAAGAGGAUUGUGUGAUGAAGCAGUCCCAAGUAGCUGAAGAAGAUCCAGAAUGUGAUAUGGCCCCACAAGUUGUCCCAAUCACUGGAACUCAAUGA